AUGUCUGCUCCCGCUGUUUUGCUGAAAUCCGGUGUCGUGUACGGCCAAGACGUCCACGACCUCUUCGACUGGGCGAGAAAGCAAGAGUUUGCCAUCCCCGCCAUCAACGUCACCUCGUCGUCGACGGUGGUGGCGGCGUUGGAAGCCGCCAGAGACAACAACGCCCCCAUCAUCUUGCAGACCUCGCAAGGUGGCGCCGCGUUCUUUGCCGGUAAGGGCAUUGACAACAAGGACCAGACGGCUUCGAUCGAAGGUGCCAUCGCCGCCGCCCACUACAUCAUCUCCAUUGCCCCCGCCUACGGCAUCCCCGUGGUGUUGCACACCGACCACUGCGCCAAGAAGUUGUUGCCGUGGUUCGACGGCAUGUUGGAAGCCGACGAAAAGCACUUUGAAAAGUUCGGCCACCCGUUGUUCUCGUCGCACAUGUUGGACUUGUCGGAAGAAACUGACGAAGAAAACAUCGCCGUGUGCCAAAAGUACUUCAAGAGAAUGGCCAAGAUGGACCAAUGGCUCGAAAUGGAAAUCGGGAUCACCGGGGGUGAAGAAGACGGUGUCAACAACGAGCACGCCAAGAGAGACGCGUUGUACACCUCGCCCGAACGCGUGUUCAGCGUCUACGAAGGUCUUCAACCGAUCUCGCCCAACUUCUCCAUUGCCGCCGCCUUCGGUAACCAACACGGUGUCUACAAGACCCCCGCCGAAUUGAAGCCCGAGAUCUUGGCCGACCACCAAGCCUACGCCCACAAGAAGAUCGGUGGCAGCAACCCCAAGCCCCUUUUCCUCGUCUUCCACGGGGGUUCGGGUUCGUCGCAACAAGAAUUCGACACCGCCAUCAAGAACGGGGUGGUCAAGGUCAACUUGGACACUGACUGUCAAUGGGCCUACUUGCUGGGGGUCAGAGACUACAUCCUCUCGAAGAAGGACUACUUGUUGACCGCCGUCGGUAACCCUGAAGGCGACGACAAGCCCAACAAGAAGUACUACGACCCCAGAGUGUGGGUGAGAGAAGGGGAAAAGUCGAUGUCGAAGCGGAUCACCGAGGCGUUGGACAUCUUCCACACCAAGGGCCAAUUGAAGAAGUAA